UCGAGUCAGCGAUAUUCCCCACGUCAACAAGCCCUUGAUCGAACCUAAGGCUCCGGCCAACAAUCAAAGUUCACUUGAAAAUUACGAAAUGAUUGUUCGCGAGGUCUCAGCGCCCUCUGCCGAAAGUCGCGAAUCCGUGAAUCAUUGGCGCUUGAACGAUCGUUCUAUCGAUUCGCAUGUUUCAUUCCACUGGCCAAUCCCAGUUGUCAUUGGCGACACACACCCACCGCUCCGUCCACUCAGAAUGCCCAGUCUCAAUGACGCAAAAGAGGCACUCCUACCCCCGGUCGUCGUGUGAAGUUUAACAUUCCGAUAAUGAACAGACACGUGUCGAUGGAAUAGUACGAGCUAAAGAUCACUUAUCGAUUUAUUUCUCUUAAAUCUAAAUCAGGAGAUGAAUUCCAGAUCGAGAAAUCGGUUAUUCAAUAUUUUUUUUUGUGAGAGACGGAUCACUGCAGUUGAACUCACUUUGCAAAUUUUAUUGCUCGAUGGAAAUGACGCGAGGAAAUUUUUCCGCGAUAAUUUAUCAUGUGCAAAUUAUUAAAAAAUAAUCUAGAGCUUCGGCCGGAGCGUCUUGUAAUGGAUUUGGUUGAUAAAAGAUUAGAAAAAAAUUAUUCAGGAAAUGAUCUAUGUCAAAUAUAUGGGUCUCCUCUAGCCUCUGGUCACUAUCGAUCGAUUUAUCUAUGUUUAUGACUGUUGCGAAAAUGUCACUGCAUCGAUAGACCGCUUCUACCAGGCCUUGAACUGUCUGGGGGAUCGAGAAAGAAUCAGUCGUGCUCUGCGACCAAAGUCUCUCGCAAGUUUCACAAAAUCGGCAUUCGUUGAACACCGAAACUCGCCGAGUGAAAUAAAUUCAGUGAAAAGUUCUCAUGAACGUCAAUGGGGCGUGUGACCGCCGAUUAAUGGGGGAUCGCGUUAACAUGGAGCCACUUCCCGUGGAAACAUCGCCCCUAAUUCCAGAAACACGAUCGGAAGUGAAUGGUAAGAAUGUCGUCAAAGAAAAGGAUCGGAAUGAGUACGAGGAGGUCGAUGCCGUCCAGGAGGCAAUGGGCGCCCUCGGAAGGUGGCAAAUUCUCAUUUGCCUGGCAAUAUCCCUCGUUAAAUUUCCGGUAGCAUGGCAUCAGCUGGCUAUUGUAUUCAUGGCCCCACUGAACCAGGGAUAUAAUUGCACUAGUCCAGCGCGCACACUAACGAAGGACCAGUGUCUUGUCGAUGUCAAUGGUACCCAAGCGCAGUGUGACAAGUGGGAUUUCGAGAGAACAAUCUUCCCUGAGACCAUAAUAUCACAGUGGGCAUUGGUCUGCAGCAGGUCGCACUAUGCCAAUAUACUCCAGUCAAUACUCAUGUUUGGUAUUUUGCUGGGAAAUAUUACCUUUGGAAGUUUGGCCGACAGAUUUGGCCGUAAAAUUCCGCUGAUGAUCUCAGUAAUCCUCCAAUUGGUAUCUGGAAUCGGGUGUGCAACAGUCCCCUGGUUCCCAGCUCUACUAUUGAUGAAAUUAUUAUCAGCCAUGGCGACAGGAGGAACCAUGGUCACUAGUUACGUAAUUUGCAUGGAAAUGGUGGGUACUCAGUGGCGAGCGGCAAUCACAGUUCUUUAUCAGAUACCGUAUAGCUUAGGUCACAUGUCAUUAGCAGGAAUAGCCUUCUACUUUCGUCACUGGCAGCAUCUGCAAUUAGCUAUUACUCUCCCAUCGAUUAUCCUUCUGGGGUAUUGGUGGGUCGUGCCGGAGUCCCCUAGGUGGCUGUUGGCUGUCGGCAAACAGCAGGCGGCCACCAGAAUCCUCAGGAAGGCAGCUAGAGUCAAUAAAAUUGAGGAUAAGGACAUUCCGGACAUGGUCAGGAAGCACUGUCUUCAUGCUAAUUCACGAAAGACGGCCUCGGACCAUGGUGCAUCGAUCCUCGACCUCUUCAGGACCCCCAACAUGAGGAUUAAGUCCUUGGCGAUAUUCUUCAACUGGGCCGUAUGCGGAAUGGGCCUGUUCGGCAUGACCCAGUACAUCGGACAAGUUGGUGGCGAUAUUUUUUUGAAUUUCGCUGUCUCCGGGGCGACUCAGAUACCGGGAAAUUUUGUUGCAUGGUGGGCGAUGAAUAAAUUGGGAAGGAAGAUAACCCUUAUCGUUAGUAAUGGCGUUGCUGGUACUGCAGCGCUUCUGUUAAUCAUAGCGCCACAGAAUGCAGCAUGGCUUCGGUUAAUUUUCGCUUGUUUUGGAAUUGUUGGCAUGUCAGUCUCGUUCACAACCGUCUAUUUAUUCUCUGGUGAGCUCUUUCCAACAGUCGUAAGGAAUAUCGGAGUUGGGACAAGCAGUAUGUGCGCCAGAAUUGGAUCAAUGGUUGCCCCAUUUAUAGUUUCACUGAAUUUCGUUCCCUGGCUUCCGCCGGUCUUUUUCGGGACAUUUCCACUUGUUGGCGCAGCUCUUGCCCUUCUUCUACCAGAAACUAAUGGAUGCACAUUACCAGAGACACUUCAGGACGGCGAAGACUUCGGAAGGAAAGUAAAAAAAAUCGUGAGGACUCAGAAGGACAUUGAGGCUGAAGCUACACUCUGAUUAGAUAUAAAACCAGAAUGAUCAUUCCACAUUUUUUAUUUAUUUACCUUUUAAAAAAAAAUUUUAGAUCAAUGAACAGAGGUGCGCUAGAAUAAUUAAUAUUUUUCAGCCAUCAAACAUCACACAUGAAAUAGUAUUUAAAUAGUUCGUACAAAUACUAUUCAAGAUGAAUUUACCGCAUUUUAAAUAAUUCCAUCUCAUGAAAAUCCAGUUUCAUAAACAUUUAAAUAGUUGACUAGUGAAAAAAGAUCAUUUUAUUUCAGUUCCAGAACGACAAAUAAAGACCAUUCGAUCGAACGUAGUGGCCACCUCUGUGAAUUAGAUAACCUAGAAAAAUUAUAGAAAGUUUUAUAGAAAUGAACAAACCGUUUUAAGAUAUUGUGAAAGAAUUAUAUGCAAAUAGCAGGCUCUAUGCAGAAUAAUAGAUUCAUCUGAGACUUAUUUAUUCCGAUUUCUCUUUGCGUCGAUGCAAAGAGCAAUCGCUCUAUCGAUUGCCGAAAGAUGAUCGACUUCGCUCGUAAUUAAUUCAGCCAAGGGGAAAUUUUCAUGAGCGAUCACCUUCGAUACUGAAUAAUCACAGACGUCAACGAAUUAAUAGAAGAAAAAAAAAUGAUGGAACACGUAUUUUUGUAUAAAGAUAUUGCCUUGUAAGAGCACACCGACACUUUUGUAUUUCACAACGUGCGUUCUCGAUGUAAAUAGAUGAAUUAUUUUGUAA